UCCAUGAUAAUGAUUGUGUAAAUAGAGAAAUCUAAAAAUAUACAGUACUGUGUGUUUUAACGUGAAACGUAGAAAUCCAAAAAUUAGUACAACAAGAAAAAGAAAUAAAACGUUUAUUCUGAAUCCUAAAAAAAAAAACACAAUAGAGAACAUUAUCUGGUUAUGUCUACAUAUUAUUUGAUUUCAUGGGGUGCAAAUUCCCAUGGCCAAUUAGGGCAAGGUGUAUUAUCGGAGCAAAGCAUCUUAGGCAACAAAGUCGAUUUAUCAAAAUGUUCCUUAAGACCUGAAGCUAUAAAAAAAAUUGUUGGUGGUGCUGGACACACACUGAUUUUGGAUUCUGACGGACACGUUUAUUCUUGUGGAUUGAACGACAAGGGACAAACUGGACACAAUAACAUUAAGCAGAGAAACAUUUUAACAUUUCAAAGAAUAUGCGCUCUUGAGCAUCAAGUAGUGACUGAUGUAUGCUGUGGAUGGGAUAGUUCUGCAGCGUUAACGAAGGACGGCGAGUUAUAUGUAUGGGGCUCUAAUCGUUAUGGACAAUUGGGUUUAGAUCCUGCAGUUUUUUCUUCUAUAUCGUAUCCCCGCAGAAUCUUGAUCAAUGAAAAGAUCAAACAUGUUUCGAUGGGGUUGCGACAUACCGCCGUAGUGACGGAAAAUCAUGAGCUUUAUAUCUGCGGAGCAAAUAACAGAGGACAAUUGGGUUUAAUUAAUUCAGAAACUAUGGAGCCUUAUACUCUUCUAAGUACAUUUACCAAAGUUCCAGAAUUGUCAAUUCAGGGAAACAUAGAAAACAUGGCAUGCGGUCCAUAUUAUACUAUCGUCGUAACAAAAAAUCAAAAGAAUACUUACAAUACAUAUGUUUUUGGUGAUAACAAGCAUGGGCAAUUGGGUUUCUUUCCCAAAACAUCUUCUAAAAUGCGAUUAUCGCAACCUAAGUGUAUUCCGUUUUCCGAUGCGCGACUUAAAGCGCCAAUACAAAUCCACACAGGAUGGAGUCACAUCAAUAUCUUGAGCAAUGGUACUGUUUUUUCAUGGGGGAGAAAUGAUUAUGGUCAGUUGGGCCGCCCUUUAUCGAAUUCACAAAAUGAAAUAUCCAUAGAAGAAAGACUUCAGUGUAUUGAAGGAAUCCCAAAAAUCACUCAACUUUCGGUUGGAUCAGAACACAACGUUGCCUUAGCGGAUAAUGGGACGAUAUUAUGCUGGGGCUGGAAUGAGCAUGGAAACUGUGGUAACGGAAACGUGAAGAACGUUUUGAAGCCAGAAUUUGUGCUGCUUUCAAAUAAAUCUAUUGGCGUCCUCGUCGGUGCUGGCGCAGGUUACUCAUUCGCUGUGAUAAAAGAUAGUUGAUCGCAAUAUUAAUAUAUUGCUAAU